AACAUCACCCAGCCUGAGAACCGACAGCAGCCCAACAUGGCCGGGUCCCAGCUGAAGCGCCUCAAGGCGUCACUCAGGGAGCAGGGCAUCACCGGGCCGCAACAAUCGAAGAGGCAGAAACGCAAGCUCGCACAGGACGGUCGUGCGCGUAAUGGGAAGAGGCUGCAGAGGGGAGUGGUCCUCGAAGGCAUCCGCGAUCAGUUCAACCCUUUCGAUCUCAAGCAUGCGAAGGGUCCGAAAUUCGAGGUCACUUCCAACAAGACACUCACCGGCGAUGCAGCAAAGGGCAUCAGGGGUCGCCCUGGACAAGCCAGGGCGGCCGGUGAGGAACGACGUCGCGAAACUCUUUUGGUCGACAUGCAACGGCGCAACAAGGUCGGCGGUAUUCUGGAUCGCCGAUUUGGCGAAAACGACCCGACCAUGACGCCCGAAGACAAGAUGCUGGAACGUUUCGCACGGGAAAAGCAGAGAAGUCACAGGAAGAGUUCCAUGUUCGACCUGGAAGAUGACGAGCCCGUAGAAGGUGGUCUUACACAUGGAGGAAAGACUCUGACAUUUGAGGACGAAGAGCCUGUCGACGACUUUCAAGAGAAUGACUUGGACGGCUACGACAGCGAUGGAUCAGUGCGGGAGAGACAGCGGCUCAAGCGCAUACGCGCCAUGGCCAGUGAGACAAAUGAGGACGAGGACGAACAGCCGGAUCGCAAGAAGACGAAGAAAGAAGUCAUGGAGGAAAUCAUUGCGAAGUCGAAAAUGCACAAAUACGAGAGGCAGGCGGCCAAAGAGGACGACGAGGAAUUGCGGGCCGAACUCGAUAAGGACCUGCGGGACAUCCAAUCGCUUUUGACGUCGGCCUCCAAAACUUCUCAAGCGCGCAGUGUAGCCAAUGCUCUCGCUUCCACCAUAGCUGGCGAGGACAGGGAUGCAUUCGAGAAGAAUUACGAUCUUCAAGUGAAGCAGCUGGCGCAAGACAAGAGAGCCCAGCCCACCGAACGCACCAAGACAGAAGAGGAAAAAAUAGAAGCGGAAUCAAAGAGGCUGCGAGAGCUUGAAGAGAAACGCCAGAAGCGGAUGAGGGGCGAGGAGGUCUCCGACAGCGAGGAAAGCGAAAACGACAUGAAAGUGGCCGAUGAAGAUGCCAAUGCUUCCGAAGAUGACGACUUUGGGCUCGGCAGCGGUAUCAGAACCAGACCAACCGCCACAGAGCUCGGUUUCGACGAUGAGGACGACUUCAUCAUCGAUGACGACCUAGUGGCAAGCGGAUCCGAACUCGAGUUACCGGACAGCGACGCUGAGUUGGAUGCGGAAGAAUCUGGCGAUGACGCACCAGAUGAGGACGAUGAAGAAGACGAUUUCACCGCAGGUUUACUCAACGAGGAAGAGGCACGAAACCCCGUCUUCAAGGCCGAGACUGCUGCCAAGGCUUCUGCGUUGCAAAAGCCCGAUGAGCAUGGCUUGCCGUACACAUUCCCGUGUCCUCAGACCUGCGAGGAAUUCGAGACCAUCACGAGACCAUUUCCCAGCCAGCAUAUUCCCACCAUCGUGCAGCGGAUACGAGCGCUUUAUCAUCCUAAGCUUGACAGCCAGAACAAGGAACGCCUCGCCAACUUCUCCCUGGCCCUGGUUGACUUCAUCUCCUCAGAGUGGAACCCUGAUUCUUCUCCCUCGUUCCUAGUGCUGGAAAGCGUUGUGCGACAUAUCCACUCACUCUCAAAAAUGUUUGCGAUCGAGAUCGCUCAAAAAUUCAGGGAGCGUAUCGCAGAGAUUGGUAGCAAGCGACCCUUGGCCCCUCUGCCGUCGGACCUGAUCCUCCUCACAGCUGUUGGAACCAUUUUCCCCACCUCGGAUCAUUUCCAUCAAGUAGUAACACCUGCCAUGCUGACGAUAGGGCGGGCACUUGGGCAACAAGUUCCUCAAAAUCUAGCCGACUACGCUGUCGCAACGUAUCUAUCAAUCAUUGCCUUGCAGUACCAGCAAUUAUCGAAGCGAUACGUUCCCGAACUUGUCAACUCUUGCUUAAACACCAUAUGCGCUCUCGCUCCCACUCCAUCUCCAAAGCAGUCCGGCAACUUUCCUCAGCAUGAUCCCCCAACCAAGAUCCGGCUACAGAACGCCACCGGGGUGUCUCCCAGGAAACUGUCGUUUGCAGACUGCCUCGUAUCCGACAUCAAAGGGAGAGACGCGACUUCCCUCAAGGUUGCCAUUCUCGAUACGACUAUGCAGAUCCUCGACGCGGGUGCAGAUCUGUGGGCAGGCAAAGAGGCUUUCCCAGAGAUUUUCAACCAGGUUGCUUCUGUGCUGAAAUUGUUGGGUGGGCAGUCAAACCGCGUGCAGUUGCCUGGCGCGCUCUGUGACCAGGCCGAGAAACUGGGAGUCAAGCUAGCACGCAUGUCGCGACUUGCACAGAUUUCACGCCGCCCCUUGGAGCUGCACCACCAUCGUCCUCUCGCCAUUAAGACAUACAUUCCCAAGUUCGAGGAGACCUUUGACCCGGACAAGCACUACGACCCGGAUCGCGAGCGCGCCGACUUGGCCAAGCUCAAGAAGGAGCACAAGCGGGAGCGCAAGGGUGCUAUGAGAGAAUUGAGGAAGGAUGCCAAUUUCAUGGCGCGGGAGAAACUGCGCAUCAAAAAGGCCAAGGACGAGGCCUACGAAAAGAAGUACAAGCGCCUCGUCGCGGAGAUCCAGAGCGAAGAGGGCCGCGAAUCAAACGCGUACGACAGGGAGAAGCAAGCUCGCAAGAGGGCGAGGAACAGAUAGACAGUCCGUGUCAUUCAGUUGUAAUCGCAUGUCCUGGCGAAAUUCCACA